UAUUGCAUACAUCGUAUUAUUUUAUUUUUUCUCAUUUUUCUUUGAUAAAUGUUUAAUUUUGAAAUGAAAUGGAGGGAUCACACAAUAAAGAGUCCCUCAAUUGUGCUGGAUGUCUGAAUGAUAUCGGAGAUGAUGACUAUGUGUCUGCUUUGGGACAAGACUGGCAUAAAGACUGCUUCAGGUGCUCAGUGUGUGAUGCACUAUUGUCGACGUGGUACUUUGAGAAGGCGGGACUAUUGUUCUGUCAGAAUGACUACUGGAUACGCUACGGUGAAAAUUGCCAGCAAUGUACACAGGUGAUGACCGGCCCGGUGAUGUCCGCCGGGGAACACCGUUUCCAUCCGGAGUGCUUCGCGUGUGGCCGUUGCGGCGCCCACAUCGAAGACGGCGAGCCGUAUGCACUACUCGACCGCACACACCUUUACUGUGGGGGCUGCUACGGAGAGGCCGGGAGCGGCGAGGAGGGCGGCGGCCCCGUGGGGGGUGCGGGGGGUGCGGGGGCGGCGGGGGCGCACUCCAUCCGCGUGGUGGAGGUGCCGGCCGCCGCCCUCCGCCGCGCGCCCCUCGCGACCGCACUCGACACCACGCAAAUCGAUUCAGCGUGCGGCCUGCUGACGCUACACAUCGGCGAUAGAAUAUUAGAAAUAAAUGGCACGCCGGUACGCAGCCGGCCCAUCGACGAGAUAGAUAAGGUGCUAUCACGGCCUGAUGCUGUUAUACAGUUAACCAUAGAGCACAACCCAGAGACAACAAACAACAAUAAAAGGCCAAUGUGCAAAAUAACCACCGAUCUCGAAGAGAAGCCGAAACAUGAAGUGAAAUCGCCAGUGGAGAGGAAAAUAUUAAGAGAAGACUUAAAGAAACACAUUCCAAUUAGACAUUCCAAUGAAGGCACUGAUAACGACCAAAGACAAGAUACAGAGGACAAUGGCGGGAAAAAGGAACGCCUGUUUAAAAGGAAAGGCGAGGACGGUGGGAAAGUGAAGCUGAAGAGGAGGCAGACGCCGUCAUCACCUCUUUUGGGUGAUAAAGAACGCAGUAGCAGCAUGUCGAAAUUACUUGACGUGAGCUCGGAGGGCACGUGGUCGCGGGCGGAGGACGAGGGCAGCGGCGUGCUGCAGGAGCUGAGUCGCGCGCGAUCAUUCCGCGCCGCGCCCGCGCCCGCGCCCCCGCGCGUCUUCCGCGCCGCCGACCUCCUGCAGGGCGAGUUGCUGGGCUCCGGUUUCUUCGGGCAGGUGUACAAGGUGACCCACCGUGAUACCAACGAGGUUAUGGUACUGAAGCAGCUGUACAGGGUCGACGAGGACGCGCAGAGGAACUUCCUCAAGGAGGUGGCGGUGCUGCGGUCUCUGCAGCAUCCCAACGUGCUGCGGUUCGUGGGCGUGCUGUACAAGGACAAGCGGCUGCACCUCGUCACCGAGUACGUCGCCGGUGGCACGCUGCACCAUCUCAUACAGGAUGCGGGCGUGGCGCUAUCCUGGGCGGCCAGGGCUCGGCUGGCGCGGGACGUGGCGGCGGGCGUGGGCUACCUGCACCGCAGGAACGUCAUCCACAGGGACCUCAACUCGCACAACUGCCUCGUGCGCGAGGUACUGUGCUACUGUUACGGAGUGUUGGGUCGUCAGGACGCGGACGUGGGCUACCUGCACCGCAGGAACGUCAUCCACAGGGACCUCAACUCGCACAACUGCCUCGUGCGCGAGGACCAGACGGUGAUCGUGGCGGACUUCGGCCUGGCGCGCAUCGUGCAGCGCACCGCCAGCAGCACGCUGGAGAGACCGCGGGCAGCACGCGCCGCCACCGCCGGCCCCCCCGCGCACGCACACACGCUGCGCCGCAAGCGGUACACGGUGGUGGGGAACCCGUACUGGAUGGCCCCGGAGAUGAUGAACGGCAACUCGUACGACGAGAAGGUGGACGUGUUCUCUUUCGGGAUCAUACUGUGCGAGAUAAUCGGUCGCGUGUCGGCGGACCCGGACUUCCUGCCGCGGCGCGCGGACUUCGGACUCAACGAGGCGGCCUUCGUGGAGAAGUUCUGUACCGCGCAGGCCUGCCCCGAGCCCUUCUACCGCGUCGCCUUCCUCGCCUGCCACCUCGAGCCCGACUGCAGGCCAACGUUCGAGGUGAUAGAGAUCUGGCUGGAGAGCCUGAUGCAGCAGCUGUCCCGCGGCGGCAGUACGGCGGCGCUGCUGGCCGACAUCGAGCGCUACGGGGCGGAGCCUUGCACCUGCUCGGGCUGCGGCGGCGGCUCGGGCUGCGGGGGCUGCUCCGGCCGCCGCCUGCAGCGCUCGCCCAGCAAACUCAGCGGGGACUAUAUUGUCGUCGAUGGAAUCGUCAAGUCUAAAUCGACCGUGCGGAUCUCGUCCCCGGAGCGGAGCGCGGGCGGCGGGCGCGCGCUCGGGAAGUGCGUGUCGGCCGGACACAUCGCGCGGACCGCGCCGCGCGUGACGUCACUGAGCCGCUCGCACGCCGCGCUGCCCGCCGGCUACAUCCUGCGCGCGCGCGGCAACACCAUCGACAUCACCAAGGUCGAUGACAUAAGUGAGUGGCUGGACUCACCCCCUCCACUGAAACGGACCAGCCCCGACUCGCAGCUUAACACCAUCACCCUGGACCACAACAACAAGACCAGAAAAGUGGACGACAACGCUGAAGGUAACCUCCCCUGUUUCCUCCGUAACCAAUCCGUCGAAGGUCUGGAGAGUAAAUCCAAACAUGAUAUGGAGCCUCCCCUACCUAUCUGUAGACACAUAAGCAUUCCAGAUGAUUGUGAAGUCCACCGAGAUGAUGAUUCUGAUUCGUCUGACGAUGAUGAUGACGAUCUUGACAUCGCAGACUGGCACAAGAACGUUAGUACAUUCCAAAAGGUAGAAAGAAUGGAUGUGGACCAAUCGAAAAACAUCCUUGCGGGGUUAAUGAAGAAAGGCGAGAAUCUGUUAGCCAAAAAAUCUAGUUAUGACGUUACAGACAUUUCGUUAAGGAACCCUGAGUGUUUGAAAGGAGAAAGGAAGAUUCCAGAAGCGGAUUGCAGGAGGUAUAACAUAGACUUUUUAACCAAAAGCCCCGUAAUGGCGGAAGGCGUGAAGAACAUUCCAAAGACUUUAGCACGAGAGAAACAGCCUGAAAAGACUGGUUUCUUUACAAAGAAAUUGUUGUCGCCAAAGUUAAGUAGGUUAUUUGGCCCUGACGUUACCAGAAAUAAACCUGACAAUUGUGAAAGUAAGGAGGAGAAAUCUAGGAGUAACUUCUUUGUACACCGACCAUCGUCGCCUAGUAAUAUCUGCCGAUCAUAUAAAGUUAGACCCUCCGAGGAUAGAGAUAGGAAACCUAACUUAAGAAACGAUAGUGACGUCCUAAAAAGCGACAUAAAAUUGGCCAGUCUAGGAAAACCUAUGACGCCAAUAUUCAGACGGCACCUUCCUACAGAGAAGCCUGAUUUCGCUGACGGUCGGUUCAGCUAUCGAGACCGACGUUCCAAGUAUGACGGUAAACUUCAAGAGCCUAAAUUUAUGGAUGUCGGUCGCAACAGGAUCAAAGCGCCAAUAAAUGCGUUGGAUAAAAGUAAAUUAGCUCCGUUCUUAAGAAGUCCUCAGAAUAAUAAUGUGCCCGUUUUAACGCCUGUUUUGGAGAAGAAUAAGAAUGUAAUGGAGAAGAAAGAGGAUGUACCGAAGAGGAGAGAUGUUACUAUAUCGAGGAGUAAUUACGUCAGCCUCGCAAACCUGAAAAUUAACAGUAAAGCGAGGAAUCUGGAGAAGACAGUGCAGGAAAAAUCCAAGGGCACUGCGGAAGAAAGUUCGCCGGUAGAACGAGUUAUAUGAAUACUAUAAAUACUGAAACUGUUUACUUAAAAAGGACUGUUUUUUUUUUAUUAUAGGCCAUUAUUUUUUUAUAAAUUACAAAGGCGAUUCAAGAUAAAAUUGUUAGUCUGUACCGAGUAGCUAAAACCAAAUGGAAUUGGCCAUAUGUAAUAUUUUUUUAAGAUAUAAUAACUACCUCGUCUUCUAUCUCAUUUAUUAACCAAUUUGAGCUAAUAAAUAGACGUGCAAAAUAAUAGUAGAGAUGUCUUCUAUCUCGCUCACACAUAUAGGAGGGCGACUCUUAAGGUUUUUUUUCUCUUUUUGGCUCAGGCGGUUUGUGUUGCCAUUAGCCAUGACUCUCAAGGUUAAUAAUUUAUUAACCUUGAGAGAGAAAAUU